UAGACAACUAGGACGUCAAAUGAGUAGAAACGGUUACGAACAGUCCCCCUCAAAAGUCAACACUACCCCCCAAAUUGCUAGGCUUAGCCUCCUCCACACCUCGUCCCCUCACGCUUUCCACCUUCGUCUUAAUUUCUGUUUUAAGAUGCUCUCCCCUGAAAUAGAAACCAACUUAUUAAUCUUCGCAACAAGAUUAUUAUAAACUACUCAUCAUUGUAAGAGAGAAGAGUAGAGUUCGGAUAUAUAGAGUAUUCGUCAUGAAGAGCACUUGUGUUGGGGCGUCGGAAGGCGUCGACAGUGGCGGCGGCGGCGACAGAGCUGAAAAUGAAAGGGCGAAGAGCGCGGUAGAGAGUAUACACUCUUCCGUGAAAGGCGUCGGUGUCGUCUUCGUCGCGCUUUUGGUCCUCGUCGUUUUGAUCUCCGCGCGAUGGGUCGACCACGUCCCCUUCCUCCUAAAGACCAGCAGCAGCAGCAGCAGCAGCAGUACAGUCACAGAGAAGCAGAUAUCCUCCCACUAUGACCAUGCGCACCCCAAAAGAAUCCCCAUCUCCUUCGCGUGCCCUCCUAAUGGGACAUCCGUCGAACACCUCUCCUGCACACCGAGAUCACCACCACUACGUACCACUAGGACUGCUGCUGGUACUAAAACUUGCCCGGGUUACUUCCGCUACAUCCACGAGGACCUGCGGGCAUGGCGGGGGGCGGAGGGGAUCACGCGCGCGGCGGUGGAGGGGGCGCGGCGGUUCGCGCACUUCCGGCUGGUGGUGCUGGGCGGGCGCGCGUUCGUGGAGCGCUACGCGCGGCCGUACCAGACGCGCGACGUGUUCACGCUGUGGGGGAUCCUGCAGCUCCUCGCGCGCCGCCCGGGCCGCGUCCCCGACCUCGACCUCAUGUUCAACUGCGAGGACCCGCCCCUCGUCCUCCUCGACCGCUACCGCCGCCGCCGCCCCGACGCGCCGCCGCUGCCGCCGCUCUUCCGCUACUGCAAGGACCACGCCUCCGCCGACAUCGUCUUCCCCGACUGGUCCUUCUGGGGCUGGCCGGAGAUUAAGAUAAAGCCAUGGGAGCUACUUUUAGAGGAUCUGAGGAAGGGGAGCGAGAGAGUGAAAUGGAAAGAUAGAGAACCCUACGCGUUUUGGAAAGGAAACCCAAGUGUUUCCCCGAGCCGAGAGGACCUUCUCAAGUGCAACGUCUCCAAUGGCCAAGAGUACAAUGCUCGGCUCUUUACACUGAACUGGGACAGUGAGACCCAGAGUGGAUUCAAGAAAUCAGACCUAGCUAGCCAGUGUGUAUACAGGUAUAAGAUUUAUAUUGAUGGCAAGUCGUGGUCGGUGAGCGAGAAGUACAUCUUGGCAUGCGACUCGCCGAUGUUGCUGGUGACGACUCCGUACCAGGACUUCUUCACGCGGGGAUUGAUGCCGGGUCACCAUUACUGGCCGAUUAAACCCGAUCGGAAGUGCCAAUCGAUCAAGUUUGCCGUUGAUUGGGGCAACAGCCACCCAGAUGAGGCACAAGCUAUAGGAAAGGCGGGAAGCGGCUACAUUCAAGAGGAAGUGAAAAUGGACUACGUAUAUGACUACAUGUUGCACUUACUAACAGAGUACGCAAAGCUCUUGAGGUACAAACCAACUGUGCCCGAGAAGGCGACCGAGCUGUGCCUGGAAUCGUUGGCCUGCGCCGCCGAAGGGCUCGAGAAGACGUUCAUGAUGGACUCAAUGGCGAAAUGGGUCCACGAUUCGGAUCCGUGCACAAUUCCGCCUCCAUUUGACCCUAAAGAGCUAGAAGAGAUGUCUCGGAAAAGAGACGAGGCAAUAAAACAGGUAGAGAUGUGGGAGAAUAGCUAUAGUUAGAGCACAAUUUGGGGAGAAUUGCAAGUUAUAUUGGAAGGAAUAUAUGUAUGUUCAAUGUUUUUUUGAUUCACAAUGUGUAGAGUAACAGUACAAGCUAAUGUGGGUUAACUAUAGUCGAAAAAUACAAAUAAGCUAGUUCAAUGCUUGUCUUAAUAAGCCAAUUUUAAGGCUCACAGGCUAAA